AUGAUUGAGCGCGCUCUUGACUGGCUCCAGGACAAGGCUGUCGGAUGGAUCCACAGCCCAGUCAACAAGAUCGAUACCCACCACCACUGCGUUCCACCAUUCUACGCCAAGGCCGUUGAAGACCAAGGCGGCGACCCCAGCGGCUGGCCAACUCCCCACUGGAGCGCUAACGCCUCGAAGCUGCUGAUGAAGCGCGCCGGCAUACAAACAGCUGUGCUCUCAGUGACAGCCCCAGGAGCAUGCAUCCUCCCAGACCGUGCAGGACGAGCCCGCCUCGCACGGCAGAUGAACGAAUACUCCGCAGCCCUUCGCGACGCCGAGCCCUCGCGGUUCGGCUUUUUCCUAUCCCUACCCAACAUCCUCGACACAGAAGACGCCCUGGCCGAAAUCGCAUACGGACUGGACACCCUACACGCCGACGGAGUCACCCUAUUCACACGCUACGGCUCGUCGAAUACAUAUCUCGGACAUCCAGAUAUAGAACCCAUCUGGGCCGAGCUCAACAGACGAAAAUGCGUCGUCUUCAUCCACCCUACACACCCCGUUGAUACGAACCCUGUAAACCCUAAACUGCCCCAGCCAGCUAUUGACUAUCCGCACGAAACUACUCGCACGGCAAUGGAUAUGAUCACCAGCGGUACGAGACUGAAGUAUCCGGAUUGUAAGGUGAUACUAUCACACGCGGGCGGGGCCCUACCGUACCUGAUCUCGCGAGUAACAACGCCCAUGCAGAAAGCUCCUGACUUUGCAGUCUCGCAUCGUAUGGGCACGACAUACGAGAAAGCCAUGGCAUCCUUUCGGAGUUUCCACUAUGAUCUGGCGCUGAGUUCGGCGCCGCAGGUGCUUGAUCUGCUUCUGAAGAUGGUCCCGCAUGAGCAUAUAUUGUUCGGCAGUGAUUUUCCUUAUGCGCCUCUCACGGCUUAUCCGGCGUUUUUGGAGGAGUUGGAGGGGUAUCAUAUGGGUCAGGAGUUGAGGGAUGGGAUUAAUUAUGGGAAUGCGUUGAGGUUGCUUCCGCGGUUGGCGAGGAUGAGGGAUGAGUUGUAA